GUCUGCACCAGCUUUCUGGUCUGUGAUCAGCUAAUCAGAGAGAGCAGGAAGGAUUGGAAGAGCAACUCUGUAGCAACCAUCCUCAGUUGGAUUUUUUUAAUCAUUUAUUUUAUAAAGCGAAAUAGAACAUUGUGAGCCUGUAUUUAUUAACGAAGAUUAACUAAGUUUGUUUGGUCGUCUGUAUGCGAGGGUGCGAAUCUAGCAGUUGCCUGAGAUAGAGCUCUGACCCCUGCCACUCUUUCCUCUGUUUACCGGAACGUUCCGCUCCUGGCCAUGGAACGUCCCUUUACCAACUGCCCUGCCAGAAGAAGACGCUGAGAAAAGCAACAGUUUCAGUCUGAGCUGGAUUCAAUGAGGGAGCCAGAGCGGGAGGAGCAACCUGAAGACGCCAUCAUGCCUCCCAAAUUCAAACGACACCUCAAUGAUGAAGAGGUCACGGGAUCCAUAUGCAGCGAGAGGAGGAACCUGCUGGAGGAAGACUCCGAUGAAGAGGAGGACUUCUUCCUGAGGGGACCAACUGGACCCAGACUUGGAGCUGGAAGUGACAAAAUCAGACAAGUGCAGUCGCAGGUUGAUGAGGUCAUCGAUGUGAUGCAAGAGAACAUCUCCAAGGUGAUCGACAGGGGAGAGCGACUUGAAGACCUGCAGGACAAGUCAGAGAGCCUAUCAGACAACGCUUCAGCCUUUAGCAGCAGAGCCAAGCAGCUGCACAGGAGGAUGUGGUGGAGAGAUAUGAAGAUGAAGGCCAUCAUAGCUCUGGUGGUGGUCGUUCUGCUGCUUAUCAUCAUCAUUCCAGUGGUAUUGCGGUAUCGCUAGUGUCGCCAGGAGGAGGAAGAAUAUCUCCUCCUCCUCUUCCUCUCAUUAUCCUGUACACAGUCCUCCACAUCAGCCAGGGGGCACCACCCAGCCUCCCAGACCCCUGCUGUGCCAGCCUGUGUGGCUCUGGGUAGAAGUUGCUCCUAACUACAGAUCUAGGAUCAGCUCACCCUCUCCCAAUGCUAACCUUUACCGUUAGGUCAGUUUUGUGUUUUCAAUCCUAAGGUCAGUGUGUACUAGAGACCACUUCAUCCUACUCUGUGAGUCCGGAUCAAGGGUGACAUAGGUAGCAUUACGUUGGCGUUACAUAGGGGUUGGGUUUGCUUUGCAAAUAACACCUUAUUUAGGGAAAAGGUUGUCAUUUGACAUGCUGCCUGUGUCUCAGCCCCCUCAUCAAACUUAAGGAGAACUCCAUUCAAUACAUAAUACAUAUCAGCUAGUCCAGUGGUCACCAAACUUUUCUGAGUCAAGAUCUCUUUUACAGUCAAAAAGCAAGCCGAGAUCUACCACUUAGAUUUUUUUACAUUACU